AUGUUUAAUGCUAUAAGAGUAAUUCCGAAAGUAAGUACUAUGGCAGCUAUUAACCCACAUCAUUUAGGGGCUCGAGCUGCUCAUAUCGAUGGUAGAUUAAAAGGAAAAGUCGCUGUAAUCACUGCCUCCACUGAUGGUAUCGGUUAUGCUAUCGCUCAGAGAUUGGGAAAAGAAGGAGCUUCAGUAGUAGUAAGUAGCAGAAAAGAAAAGAAUGUUCAAAAAGCUGUAGAAAGUUUGCGCAAUGAUGGAAUCACUGUUGAAGGUGUCAUAUGCCAUGUGUGUAAUGCAGAACAAAGAAAAAAAUUGUUUGAAGUGGCUUAUAAUAAAUUCGGAGGAUUAGAUAUACUUGUAUCAAAUGCAGCAGUAAAUCCGGGUGUGUCUCCUGUUCUCGAGACAGAAGAAUCCGUCUGGGAUAAAAUUUUCGAAGUCAAUUUAAAGUGUUCGUGGCUUAUAGCUAAAGAAGCUUAUCCUCUUUUCAUUAAAAGAGGAGGAGGAAAUAUUGUAUUUGUCUCGUCAAUUGCCGGCUAUCAACCAAUGGAGCCUUUAGGCCCCUACAGUGUUAGUAAGACGGCUCUUUUGGGAUUAACUAAAGCAAUAGCAAAUGAGGUUAUUCAUAAUAAUAUUAGAGUAAAUGGUGUUGCUCCAGGAAUAGUUGCUACCAAGUUUGCUUCAGCGAUUACAACUUCAGAAGUAAUCAAAGAAAAAACCUUAUCCAUAGUGCCAAUGAAAAGAUUUGGUAAACCCUCAGAGAUCGCAAGUACUGUGGCAUUUUUAGUAUCUGAUGAUGCCAGUUACAUUACAGGAGAAACCAUAGUGGCAGCAGGAGGAACAUAUGCGCAUUUAUAA